UGAACAAGUAUCCGGUACCAUAUAUAUUAUGGUAGUUCUUCGAGAGAAUAUUACUUUGUGGUGAACCAGUUACCUACUUAGCUGCAGUGAAGUUAUUGCUGUAUUUUUUACUGUAGAACUUAACUAAAUAUAUCCUUCGUGAAGAAAGUACCUAUACUACACAGGACUAUAUACCGAGGUACCUACAGUUCGAGAAUAAUGAAACUGCUGUAUUGGUUACUGGUAUUUCAAAGUGCCAUUUUAUACUCAGAAUGCGCAUUGCCAAAAAAAACUUUGGAAUGGUGGCAAACAUCCCUUAUAUAUCAAAUAUAUCCUAGAUCGUUCAAAGAUAGCAAUGGCGAUGGAGUAGGUGAUAUUGCAGGAAUUAGUCAAAAAUUAACCUACCUCAAACAACUCGGAGUAGGAGCAAUAUGGCUCUCUCCUAUAUUCACUUCGCCUAUGGUUGAUUUCGGUUAUGAUAUUUCCAAUUACAGAGAAAUAGAACCUAUUUUCGGAACUAUGGAAGAUUUUGAUAUUAUGCUCAGAAAAGCUCAUCGUAAAGGUUUGAAAGUGAUUCUCGAUUAUGUACCCAAUCACACCAGCGAUAAGCACGAAUGGUUCCAAAAAUCGGUCAAAAGUAUUAAACCUUAUACUCAUUACUACAUUUGGAAGGAUGCAAAAUACGUGAAAGGAAAACGACAUCCUCCAAAUAACUGGAUUUCAGCUUUUGGUAAAAGUGCUUGGGAAUGGAAUGAAGAAAGAGGCCAAUAUUAUUUACAUCAAUUUGCUGUUCAACAACCUGAUCUGAAUUAUCGCAAUCCAGUCGUUUAUGAAGAAAUGAAGAAUAUCUUAAUUUACUGGUUGGACAAAGGAGUCGACGGAUUUCGUUUAGAUGCUGUAAAUUUCAUUUAUGAAGAUAAGAAUUACCCAGAUGAACCUCUUUCUAACAAACCAAAUGUCAGACCAGAAGAAUACGAAUAUCUCAAUCACAUAUACAGCGUCAACCAAGAAGAAACUUAUAAAGUACUGCAGGACUGGAGAGCUAUUUUAGACAAAUAUUCAAAACGAGGAAGGGAAAGAUUCAUGAUGUCGGAGGCUUACGCAGAUCUCGACACGGUGAUGAAAUUUUACGGUACGAAAGAAAAUCCAGCAGCUCAUCUACCAUUCAAUUUUCUAUUUAUCGAUACGCUAAAACGAUCGAGCAACGGCACUAACGUAGCGCAACAAAUACAAUCGUGGUACUCAAAAAUGCCCUCAUAUGGCUGGGCCAACUGGGUGAUAGGAAAUCACGACAAUUCAAGACCUGCUAGCAGAUAUGGCCAAUACUUGAUUGAUGGAUUGCAUAUGAUCCAACUACUUCUUCCCGGAACACCAAUUGUUUAUAAUGGAGACGAGCUGGGGAUGGAAGAUACAUUUAUAAGAUGGGAUCAGACGGUAGAUCCAAGAGCAUUGUAUGCCGGACCUUAUCGAUACCUGGAAUUUUCCAGAGAUAUAUGCAGAACACCCUUUCACUGGGAUGACUCUGAAAAUGCAGGAUUUACCACUGGUUUGAAUACGUGGUUACCAGUAAAUCCAGGUUAUUGGAAAGUCAAUGUGCAAGAGCAGAGUAAAAUAGCAAAUCGCAUUACGCAUUUGCAAGUUUUUAGAGAAAUAGCCCGUUUAAGAAAAAAUAUCGUUUUUCAAAAAGGCGACUUUCAUAUGAACGUAAUUGACGAAUGGAUUCUAGUAUUUUUCAGAACAUUCGUCGACCAUUCCACAUUCAUCGUAGCGGUCAAUUUCGGAAGUGAAAUUAUAAUAACUGAUUUGCAGAAAACACGUCCAUCGUUACCUGAUACUUUGAAAGUAGUUGUACCAAGCGUCAAUUCUGAUUAUCAGAUUGGGCAAGUUAUAUCCACAAAUAAUAUUAAACUCAGACCCAAAGCGGGUAUAGUGAUGACUACCAGUGAAGUUGACAUGGAAGCAGAUGAUAGUACGCACCCUCCAGGAAUGAUCGCAACGACUACUACAGCUUCCCCCAUAAAAAAUACAACAGAAACCUCAAAUGACGGAAAUGAUCACGAAGACUAAAUUUUAAAAUAAUAGGCUCAGAAUACCUUAACAUCCAAAAAAGAACACAAAUCUUACUCAUCUUCUCAACUUAUUUAUAGUAUAAAAUAAAAAUGUACAAAGUGACAUGUAAAACGAAAUUAAUAUAAACUGGCACAUA